AUCGAUUUUUGGAUGAUCCUGUGAGCAGCACGUUUCUCCUUCUGUUUGAUUUUUUGUAUAGAUUCUUGGGGUUCUUGCUUGUUGAGCCUAGCAGCGGGUUUCUUGGUUGUUGUUUGCUUGUUGAGCUUGCAGCAGGUUUCUCUUGGCUGUUCUUUGCUUGUUGAGCUUCCUGUUCAUAGUUAGCUCCUUGUGGUUGGUGGGUGCAGCACAACCUGAAAAGAUUGCUUCCUCUUUUAGCUGAUCGGUGUCAAGUCUAGUUUCUGAAUUUCUCAAGUAGUAGUGAAAUUAGUGAAUGUUUUUCGAACUGAUAUUCUCUCAAGUCAAAGAGAUUCCAGCUGGUGUUUCGAUGAGUUCUUAAUUUCUCUCAGGUCAAGUCUUCUUAGACCAUUUUCCCCUUUGAUAGGUACCACGAAAUCCUUGGGAACUGUGUUCCCGGAAAGUGCAGUAAUCUGAAGUUUCAGAAAAGUGCAGUGAUCUGAAGUUUAUUCUCCCAGUUCGAAUCUUGAAGACAUGAUGAUAGAGUGCAUUUGCUUCUGAAGAAGAGGAUGGCCACGUUCUUCUCCACCUCCACUGAUCAGAGGGGUCUCGCCGGAGGCGGUGGUGGUGGCGACAUGUCAUUCCACCACCACUACCCCAUGUCCAACCAAUACCAAGACGCAGCGACCGGCGGACUGAUCCCGCUCCCGGCGACCAUCGCGCACGGCGGUGACGGCGACGGCAGAGACGAGGCGUCCGCGUACAUGAACUCGAGGGACAGUGCCGAGCUCGGCGGCCUGCAGACGCAGCUGUUCAUGGGAGACGGCGGCGUGUCGGCGGCGCAGCGUACUCAUCAGGGCGGCCAGCUCUCGCUCAGCCUCGGCACGCAGGUUCCGGUGUCGCUCUACCAGUACGGCCGUCCGGGCGGCAUGUCUCCCUCCUUGAUGAGCCCGAACCAGCAGUCGACGAUGGCGAUGGCGGCGAGCAGGAACACACCGGGAAAUAUGUACGUGAAUAACUCAAGGUUUCUGAGGGCGGCACGCGAGCUGCUGGACGAGGUGGUCAGUGUCCGGGAUGCGAUCAAGAAGAAGGGGGACAGGAAGGACGACUCUGCCGGUAAGGGCGAGUCUGGCAAGGCGGACGGCGACAAGGGAGACGAGCACGAGGGGAGCUCCUCCGCCGCCGAGCUGUCGGCGGCGGAGAGGCAGGACCUCCAGAACAAGGUGACGGCACUGAUGGCCAUGCUGGAACAGGUGGACCGGAGGUACAGGCACUACCACCAGCAGAUGCAGAUGGUGGUGUCGUCGUUCGACGCGGUGGCCGGAUCCGGUGCGGCGAAGCCUUACACGGCGCUGGCCCUGCAGACGAUCUCUCGGCACUUCCGAUCGCUGCGUGACGCGAUCGGCGCGCAGGUGCAGGCCGUGCGGCGGAGCCUCGGGGAGCAGCAGGACGGCUCCGGCGCGGGGGGCCUGUCCCGGCUGCGGUACAUCGACCAGCACCUUCGGCAGCAGCGCGCCAUGCAGCAGUUCGGCAUGAUGCAGCAGCCACAGCACGCGUGGCGGCCCCAGCGCGGCCUCCCGGAGUCCGCCGUCUCCGUCCUCCGCGCCUGGCUCUUCGAGCACUUCCUCCACCCGUACCCGAAAGAUUCGGAGAAGGUGAUGCUGGCUAGGCAGGCGGGCUUGUCGAGGGGCCAGGUGUCCAACUGGUUCAUCAACGCGCGCGUCCGGCUGUGGAAGCCGAUGGUGGAGGAGAUGUACAAGGAGGAGUUCGGCGCGGAGAUGGACUCCACCAACUCAUCGUCAGAGAACGCCGGCAACGGAAAGCGCGGCAAGGUCGAGGACCCGGUAUGCUCGGAGGACCAGGAUCGCGACGAGUUCCAGAGCGCGUCAACGCACACGCACGCUGGAGCGGGGCAGCUUCUCAGCGCCUACAAGUCGGAGCCGGUGUCCGGCAUGGACGCCGGGGCCCUGUCCAGCCUCGGUGGGGCCGACAUGAGCGUGUACGCGCCAGGAGGCCUCAGCCUGAACCACCACGGGCCCGGCGGCAGCAGCCUUCUUCAGGACGCGUUCGCGCACCACGGCGAAGACGCCAGGUUCGUGGCGUACGGCGGCGACAUGGCCGACCUCGGCGGUAGCGUGUCGCUGACGUUGGGCUUGCAGCACUGCAACAACAACGCAGGCCACGUGCCGCCGGAGCAGCAGGGCUUGCUGUACGGCGGCAAUCCCGGCGACUUCGACUUCCUCAAUGGAGCCGACGAUCGGCAGCGGUUCUCCUCGUCGUCGUCCCAGCUGCUGCACGAUUUCGUCACAUGAGCGGCGGCACAGCUACUUACGGAAAGGCGCAGGUGGCGACGUGUCAGAAGCAUGCAUAGGCCGGCCGGCCGGCCGGCGCCGCCGUGGACACACAUGCAGUACAUGGUGCACGGUUAAUUUGAAGCAAGUAUAUAUAUACAUACAAGUAUACGAUUGGUUUGGUAAGUGAAGUAGGUUUUGUAUAUGAGAUGGUUGGGGGUGUAGCUGCUGUAAACAUACUAGAUUGGUAUUUUUGCUAGACUGCACAGAUUCCAUUGACGAAUGAUUAUUUCAUGAUACGAUGAUCUGUUGAUCCGGUCAGUUCCUUGAUCUGUAAUUGUUGAAAUGUGAUCUGCUCUGAACGUCAGAAGA